AUUUGCAACUCAAGGAUCUAUUCAGUGACCAAGCAGGCAUUUAGUACGACAUGUUUCUCGUAACAUUUUUCUUUGGUGUAUUAUCUAUUGUAGUAUAUGCGUUAUAUGAACGCUACAGCCGACCUGGUCGGUUAAUGAGGAGGAUUCCCGGCCCACCAGCAUGGCCUAUCAUUGGGAAUUCAUUGAAUUAUGCUGUACCAUCAGAUAAGUUGUUCAAAGUCAUGCGAUCUAUGCCAAAGAAAUAUGGCCAUAUCAGCCAAAUCCAUGGCCUUAACACGCGGAUUGUGAACAUCUCUAACCCUGAAGAUAUUGAGAAAAUACUCUCUUCGUCACUUGAAUGCACCAAUAAAAAAGUCCCAUAUAUAUUUCUUGCCGCGUGGCUUGGAGAUGGACUACUGAUUAGCUUAGGUAGUAAAUGGCAACAACGUAGAAAAAUGCUAACGAAAGCAUUCCACUUCAACAUUCUAAAGAAAUAUGCGGAAAUUUUCAAGGCUGGAGCGGAGCGUCUGGUGAAACGAGUGGAGAAAGAAACUGUCAAAGAUAAGACGGAUGUGAUGACGCUUGUCUAUCCCAUGGCAUUACGUAUAGUUUGCGAAACUUCAAUGGGCCUUUCCAUGGUCGAAGACAGCCCUCUGAUGAAAAGAUAUUUCCAAUCUGCAUCUACAUUCGGAGAAUGCUUUGCAUUGAGGAUGGCCAAAGCAUGGCUACAGAACAACUUCAUAUUCAACUUGACCAAACUUGCAAAGAUUCAAAAAUCUGCAGUUGAUGAUUUACAUCAAUUAACGACCAACGUAAUUAACGAUAGAAGAAAGAUGUUGGAAGACAAUAACAUCAAACAAGUUGAUGAUAAUAAUGAUUCUGUAACUUAUGAUAACAAUGAAAAUUUGGCUAUGUUAGACUUGUUACUUAGAAAUGAGAAAACUGGAUUAAUAAACAGUGAGGGCAUUCGAGAAGAAGUUGAUACGUUUAUGUUUGCGGGUUUUGAUACCACUACCUUGACACACACUUAUAUGACAAUGGCAAUUGCAAAUGAACCUGAAAUACAAGACAAAUUGUACAAAGAGCAGCAGCGAAUUUUCGGCGACUCCCAGCGAUUGCCAACAACGGAAGAUUUGAACGAGAUGAAAUACUUGGAAAACUGUAUCAAGGAGACCCUGAGGAUAUAUGCCAUUGCACCGCUGAUUAUGAGACACCUCGUGAAGGAUACUGUUUUGAGUGGUUACAUGGUGCCAGCGUACACGGACUGCUUCAUUAGCAUAUAUGACUUGCACCACCGAGCUGAUCUGUACCCAGACCCUGAACGCUUCGAUCCAGACCGAUUCCUGCCAGAAAAUAGCCUGAACCGGAAUCCAUAUGCUUAUUUACCAUUUAGCGCAGGACUGCGGAAUUGUAUUGGUCAAAAAUUCGCAAUGCUGGAGUUGAAGAUAACGAUGUCAACCCUUCUCAGGAAAUACCGCCUGGAGCCAGUGACUAAACCCUCCGAUAUUGAAUAUAGAGUAGACAUAUUGCUGCACGCUAAAGAUCCUAUUUAUGUUAGGUUUCGUUCAAGGGAAUGAAAUAAGUAACGCAAGCAACGGUGCGUUAAAUAUUUCGCGCGGCGGCGUAGUGGCUGGGCCGUUGCGUGCUUAGUUCGCCAGUCACCUUUUAUUUUGCGCGCUGAAAGAAGAUUUACA